UGUUUCUUCUUUAAUUUUCAAAACUUCACUGGAUUUCAUGAGUUGAAAAUAACUAAUAAAGCCUAAAACUUUUUUGUCGGAAAAAAUAAUUUCGUUUACAUGAUUAAUUCUAAAAAUCGAAUAGUUAUUAUCCAAAAGUAAAAUUCAACCGAAGAAUGUGCGAAAAAUGAGCUAAAAAAAACUGGAUAAAAUUAGAUAGGAAAAAGGAAGAAAAUGGUAAAAUGUAGGUAAAUGGUCUCGGAAUAGUUCGUCUCUUUGGUAAGCACAAAAAGCAACAGCAGCAGUUGCGGGGAAAAUCUCCUUCUGACGUGGUCUGGUUCUGUCAGUUUUAUCCUUUUCUCCCAUUCCCUAUUCUUUGCUAUCUAUAAAAAUCCAAUCCCCCUUCUUCUGUUGCUGCAUUCUCAACGCGUUCCUUAACCAAACUCAGACCAACUUUUAUCAUCUUCCAUUGCUUAAUUCUUUAGACUUUUAGUUUCCCUUGUUUCAUAUGGAAGUUAUGGGGGGCUAACUUGGCAAGUUCUAUGGCAUUGACUGGUAUUUUGACAAUGCAUAGAGGAAGAGAUAACCCUAAAAAGUUGCAGAACAUCACUCAUACGGCAAUAUCUAGUAAACAAAAACGUGAAUUUGGUAUGGACUUUGAAUCAGACUGGACAAGACACGUUAAGUCUUCUGCGUUUGCUGCUCCAGUGAUCCGUUCUGCAACUUCGUUUAUGCGUUGGUCUUGCAGAAUCCCAAUUAGUGAAGGAUAUCAGGAAUUUCUUUAAUUGAAGUCAGUCCAAGAUAAGUUAUUACACUAUUCGAGCGAUACUGUUGAAGAAAAACAGUCAUCGUUGUACGAUAUUUAAUUGGUUACUUUAUUUGGAUAAUGCCUGGAUUCAUUUCUGGAAAGAAGAGGCUCACAGAACCAAAGAUGUGCAUCAUCAACACUGUUAAACAGAAUUCAAUCUGUCUUUCAAAAAGCGAUACUGGAUUUCAUUCUCAGUAUGAUUAUGAGUCUCUCCUUCCUGGCUUACCUGAUGAUGUAGCAAAACUGUGUCUUGCCCUUGUUCCUCGUUCUAGCCAUCCAUCCAUGGCUGGUGUUAGCAAGAAUUGGAGGUCAUUCAUUAAAGGCAAGGAAUUCAUAACUGAGAGGAAAUUAGCUGGUGCAGUUGAGGAGUGGCUGUACUUCUUAACUAUGGAUACUGUAAGGAAGGAAUGCCACUGGGAAGUGUUUGAUUGUGUGGAACAUAAGUUUCGAGUGCUUCCACCAAUGCCUGGAGCAGUGAAGGCUGGUUUUGAAGUGGUUGUUCUGAACGGGAAGCUUCUUGUCAUAGCUGGUUAUUCAAUUGCCGAUGGGACUGAUUCUGUUUCAUCAGACGUUUAUCAAUAUGAUUCUUGCCUUAAUAGGUGGAGCAAACUGGCCAAUUUAAAUGUAGCUCGAUACGAUUUUGCUUGUGCCGCUGUUGAUGGGAUUGUCUAUGUGGUUGGAGGCUAUGGAGUUGAAGGUGACAAUCUAUCGAGUGCUGAGGUGUAUGACCCCGAAACUGACAAAUGGACUCUAAUUGAAAGCCUCCGUCGCCCUCGAUCAGGCUGUUUUGCAUGUGGAUUUGAUGGUAAGCUGUAUGUCAUGGGUGGAAGGUCAAGCUUCACGAUUGGAAAUUCGAAGUUCGUGGACGUAUACAAUCCCAAGAGGCAUAGUUGGUGCGAGAUGAAAAAUGGUUGUGUCAUGGUCACUGCUCAUGCUGUGGUUGGUAAGAAGCUCUUCUGUAUGGAAUGGAAGAACCAACGGAAGCUUUCCAUGUUCAAUCCGGAGGAUAAUUCAUGGAAGACGGUACCAGUUCCAUUAACUGGUAGCUCAAGCAUUGGAUUUCGGUUUGGCAUACUGGACGGGAAGCUGCUGCUCUUUUCGUUGAAGAACGAACCUGAAUACCGUACUUUGUCAUACGAUCCAAAUGCAACUCCUGGUUCAGAAUGGAAAACCUCAGACAUUAAACCAUCUGGCUUGUGCUUGUGCAGUGUGACCAUCAAGGUUUGACAAUGGAGUUUCAUUUUUAGAGUGAAAGGCAGUAACACGGUUGGGAAUAUGCCAAACACUUCUUUAUCCACUUGACUUAUUUGUUUAGCAAAUUCUAAUUCAUUUCCAAUUUUUAUUUCCUGACAAUGGAUGAUGAUUUCUCCAAUCAUUUACGCAAAUACCAUUAUUAUCUUAGUGA